AACAGAAGCUCAGGCGGCAUAUCUUUUCUCCUGAAACUUAAGAUUGCCACGUGUUUUCGAACUCUUUUGUUGGACUGGAUGGGGGAAGCAUUUGUUUUGUUGCUCGCCCUCUUAUUCAGUGUAAUUAUUAGAACUUACAGUUGCUCGACAAGUGAGCUGGAUCAGUGUUUCGUCGUUCUGCAAUCUUUGGCAAAGAGUGAUGAUUUGGCUUUUGCUUCCACAAAGGAUGAACUCCAUUUGGUUUGCAGGAAACUUCAGCAGGGAGUAAAAUGUGUUGAUGAGCACACUUUGCGAUGCUACGACUCAAUUCAACAAAGAUUACACAAUUCUGUUGUUUCCGGAUCUCGACAAGUUAUUGAAGAUCUUUGUGUGGAAGGAGAACUACAACAAGAUUACUUGCGUCAUGCCCCAUGCUUUAAGAACAUAUCGACCGAUCCGAAGAAAUGUGCUACUAAAUACCAGAAGGUGGCCAUUUUAUCUCAAGAGUCGAAAGAAGAAGAUAAAGAUACCCAUUUGAAGGCAUUUUGCUGCGCACUGAAAGAUUUCACACUAUGUCAACACGAGCACGUAGUGCGAGAUUGCGGACCACGAGCAAGCCAAUUUCUACAACACCAUAUGAGCAGGAUGGCGGGUUCACUAAUGAAUGAACACUGCGUCCUCUUUACUUACGGCUCUGAUUCUUGCUCAUCUGGCUGUCGACAUUCGAAACUUCCACAGAAGCCUACCCAUCAAGCUGUGUUCUUAAUUAUAUUUUUAGGCGUAUUAUGUUGGGCGUAAACAACUUCAAAACGAAAGAGAUUUAUCCUGAUUUUCCGAGCAGCAGUCGUCACAUCUCAGCCGUAUUCAAUAAUUUUAGCAAAGUAAGAAAGAAAUAAAAAUAAUGAAGAAGAGUUAUGUAAACAUGUUCAUCAAACAAUGAGUGUAUUGAACUUGAAAGGCAGUCGACUCUUUGAUGUGAUUUUUCUUUUAUGUAAUUCAGAUGUACGAAAUAUGUAUUUACAACCCCUAAUUCAAAAAGUGUUUCCCUUUUUGGUCAUGCGCAGUAUCAAAUGUUAUAUAUUAUCUCUGUUAUACUUUAUGUUAUUAUUGUAUUUAUACAUUGUUGUGUUUAUAUUUUAUUUUGUUGAUAAAAACUUUCAUGCUGUU